AUGGGCGAGCUUUCGGUCACAGCAACAACGAUCUCGGGCGACACUAUCGCUCUCGACAUGAGCGCUGACAAUGUCUUUGGCUUUCAGCCUGGGCAGAUUGUUCACUUCACAAAGAGCCUGCGGAAUGGAAAGGUGGCGCUCAUCCGCGGUAUCAGCGAAGGGCUGCUCUGGUUUGCCGUGCUGCCGGAUGUCGCUAGCGCAGCCAGUGAGCAGGCGCUGCACGCGCCUGUCAGUACUGUGAGCUGCCGCGGAAAGGAGGAGCUCAUUCGUCAGUACGGGUGGAUGUUGGAUGAUACACGCAACUCAUUUGUCGUGGCAGCAGCACCCUAG